UCUCUCUCUCUCUCUCUCUCUCUCUCUCUCUAGGAAGAAGCCACCAUUAAUUUUCCUUCUUCAUCUUCCUCAUAUAUUGAUCUUGAUCAUCCCUCUCAUCCAUGGACACUGCUCAAUGGCCACAGGAGAUUGUGGUGAAACCAAUACAAGAGAUAUUAGUCACAAACAACACAUGGACUCCAAAACCAGAAAAUAUUAAUGGAAACAACAAUUUGGAGAAGAAGACAAGGCCUCCUCACAAGGAACAAGCCAUGAACUGCCCAAGAUGCAAUUCAACAAACACAAAGUUUUGCUACUACAACAAUUAUAGUCUCACUCAACCAAGGUACUUUUGCAAGACUUGUAGAAGAUACUGGACUGAAGGAGGGUCUCUUAGAAACAUUCCUGUUGGUGGUAGUUCAAGGAAGAACAAGAGAUCAUCAUCUAAUUCUUCUUCUAAUUCAUCAUCAAAGAACAAGCUUCCUGAUUUGGUGACUCAUCAUCAAAACCCUAACAAGAUCCAUGAUCAAGGCCAAGAUCUCAACCUUGCCUUCCCAAUCAACUCUAUUAGUCAUGACACCAAUCACAAGAUUUUGUCUUCCACUACUACCAUCACCAAUACUACUAGUAGUAGUACUUUGAAUCAUAACAAUCAUCAGGUUUCAGCUUUGGAACUAAUAACUGGGAUUUCUUCAAGAGGGUUGGAUUCUUUCAUGCCAAUGAAUGUUGUUCAAGAUCCAAACUCAGUUUACACUUCUGGGUUUCCAAUCUUGCAUGAUUUCAAGCAGCCAGCAAUAACAACCGCCUUGAAUUUCUCUCUUGAUCAUGGACUUGGAAUUAGUGGUGGGUAUGGUACUAGUAGUGUUCAUCAAGCUCAUCAUACUGAUAGUAGUGCUGGUGGGAGGCUUUUGUUUCCAUUUGAAGAUCUAAAGCAAGUCUCAAGCACUACUAGUGAUCUUGAGCAAAAUAGACAAGUACAUGGAGAUUCAACUGGGUAUUGGACAGGUAUGUUAGGAGGUGGAUCAUGGUAAUCAAAGAUCUAAAACCCAAAAACAAAAUUUAGUCUUUCCUCCUUUUUUUUAAUUAACUUUUUAUUUGAAUUUCUUAAAGUGGGGGUGGUGGUGACUUGUCUGCAUUUUUCUUCCUUACUUAACAGAUAUAGGAUACAUGGGUUUUUCUCUCUCUCUCUCUUUAAUUUGGUUUAUUAUCUCUACUUGAUCUUCUUAAUUUUAGUGGGGAUUUGAAGCUUUAUUUUAAGUUAGCUUCACAAAGGUGACAUGUCUCUGUGUAAAGAUAGAAGAAAGAGGAAAGAAGAAAGAAGAAGGAAGAAGAGAGUGAUAUAGAGCUAGCUAGUCAGUUGUCCUCAGAAUAUUUUAGGGUUCAAUUGUCACUUCUCUUCAAUCAAUGUAAGUGAAAGAGCAGAAGGAAAAGCUACUAUCAAUCUAGUUUCAUUGGUUGCCAUGGUAUAAAAGUAUAAUUUUUUUUUUUGGUAUAAAUUGCAUGCUUUUUUGAGGAGUUAAUUUUAUGAAUUCAUGUUAUCAAAUCUCCAUUUGAUUA